AUGGCUACUGGCUAUCACAUUGUUCAGCACAGAGAAAGAGCAUUUCCAUCAUCUCAAAGAGUUCUUUUAGGAAACAAUGCACUAGACCGAGGUCUUGAUGAAAUUGGAGAUGCUGCCUCCCUGAAGAGUAAGGCUUAUUUUAACGAGACUGCAGUUCUGCCGUGCCAAUUUGUAAACUCAAAAAACCUAAGCCUGAGUGAACUGGUAGUAUUUUGGCAGGACCAGGAAACAUUGGUUCUAUAUGAACUGUAUUUAGGCAAAGACAAAUUUGAUAAUGUUGCUUCUAAGUAUAUUGGCCGUACAAGUUUCAACCAGGACAACUGGACCCUGCAACUUCACAACGUUCAGAUCAAGGAGAGGGGCUUGUAUCAAUGUUUCAUCCAUCACAAAGCACCCAACGGACUGAUUCAUGUCCACCAAAAGAGUACUGAGCUGUCAGUAGUUGCUAACUUCAGUGAACCUGAAAUAGUGCUAAUUUCUAAUAUAACAGGAAAGAGUGCCAUAAAUUUGACCUGCUCAUCUAAACAAGGUUAUCCAAGACCUGUGAAGCUGUAUUUUUGUCUAAGCACUGAGAAUUCAACUACCAAGUAUGAUGGUGACAUGAACAUAUCUCAACAUAAUGUCACACAACUGUAUGAUGUUUCUAUCAGCUCAUCUAUUCCAUUCCCUGAUGGUGAAAGCAAUGUGACCAUCUUUUGUGUCCUGCAAAUUGAGUCAAUGGAGGCAGAGCUUUUCUCCCAACCUUUGCCUAUAGUUCCUGGAAACACUUUGCCUGUCUCAAACCAAGGAAGCUAUAUUGCAGCUGUAGUUCUUCUAGCCGGCGUAUGUGCAGUGGCGAUCUUUGUAUCACUAUGCAAGAAGAAAAAGCAGCAGCGGCAGCGGCAGCAGCAGCGUGGUGUCUCUUAUAAUGAAACUGCAGAAGAGGAAGAGAGUGAAGAGAUUGAGGAAAGAGUAUCUAAAAGAAGAAAUGAAGAAGCCCAGUGUAUUGAUCACAGUUCAGAGAUGCUCUCAGAUGACAAAAGUACUACAGAUUUUAACUAAAGAGAAAAGUUCAUACAAGUGUCCAUUUUUAUACCCUUCCCUUUGCAAGUUUUUGGGAAACCUUUUUCAUUUCUCCCAGAAGGCAAGAGAAUGUAACCUUUUGUAACAGUGGGGCUCCAGGACUCCCACUGAGUGAAAUAGUGCCCUACAAUGCCAGCUCUGUGCUGGGAGGAGAGGUUAAUUCUCUGAUUUCUUUUAAUUCAGAGCAUACUCAUAGCCAAGCCCACCUGGAUAGUACUUCUCUUGGGAAUAAUGUUUAGGACUAAUGUCUCUUGUUUCAGAUCAGAUUCUUCUCUUAAUUUUGCAAAACAUGUUUUCAUAUGGAACUCCUGGUUCUGGAAUUACUGGUUUUUAUUUGCCCUGCAUUCUAAGGUGGUGCCUCAUUUCAUUUUGUAUACUUGUGACUGAACAACUACCUCUUCUGUCAGGUUGGAAUAAUGUAUUUUACAACUUUAUAGUGUUCAUAUUAAUAUUUUAAAAUAUAAAGAAAUGUAAACUAUAAUAGUGUAAUUACUAUGUUCUAGAGAAAGGCCUAUGCCUUAUAAGAAAUGCUUGUUUCUCUGUCAGGAUAGGUAAUGAGUAUGAUGCUCUGGUUAGCGUAUGGGCAACAGUGAACAGAGAAAGGUCAAUUCUGGGAAAUCAGGAGAGACAGAUGGAAUCAGCCCUGAAUACUGGAGUCACUUUUAUUUGGAUUGUUGCUAAUAUUGGGAGUAUCCACCUGUCAACCAGCCAUUAACAAAUCUUUGCGGAGAACACUGAAGAAGGCAGGAAAGUGCUUUAUCUCCUGAGCCCUAGUUCUGUUCUUGGGGGAAAAAAAAAGUGACUCAGAUGAUGGCCUGGAGCAGCUGUGCAAGAACCAAGAGAAAAAGAAACCAGAAAUUCAAAAGAGAAAAAAAUGAAAGAACUUGACCAAUAGAGAUGCACAUGGAAUGUUUGAUCUGUCCAGUCCUUCGAUAAGUCUUGGGAGAAGACACAGAUGGACAGUCUGCACAAACAGAUUUAGACAGACAAGACAGACAGUAGUUUUCUGCUGCUUGGUGAGGGAUUUGAUGAUACCCGAGUUAUUAUGAGAUUUCAUCUGGCUGAAAGUAGAGUUGGUGAAGAAAGCUAUCAUCUUGACCACAUGAAUGGAAGGAGGCCUAAAACUCUUUCAAUUCGUGGCUGAGAGAGGAAGAGCUGAAUAUACAACACCCAAAGGCUUCCUUGGCCUGAAGAUGUCCUAGAGAAUAUGAUAUGGCCCAGAGCAAGGCUCAUGAUCUGAGAACUGUUUAUGCUUAAGAAAUGAUAGGAAAACUAAGUGCAGGAGAGAAGCAGCUUAGCAGAAAUGUGUUAGGAAACCCAGUAGCAUCAGUCAGGGAUGUAGCAGCCUCAGUCCAAACCUGAAGUAAACUUUGGGAGGCCUGAGACACAAAAAUUGUUCUUUAUAUUUUACAUAAAGGGCCCUCACGGGUUGUAGACUGCUGUGGUAGUCAGGUUUAUCCUUGUAAUAUUACCAUAAAUACAUCCUUCCCCUGACCACAUUAGACUUUUAGCACCCAGCUGGCUUCUAUUAUGUUUUGUUCUCUUGUGGUGCUGGGGAUCAAACCCAGGCUUUGUGCAUGCUAGGCAAGUCCUGUACCACUGAGAUACAUCCCCAGCUAUAACAUGUUUUAUACAGAAU